GAUGCUUUUGCCGGAGAGAAAUUUAAUUUGCGUGCGGCUUUGCUUUGGACUAUUAAUGACUUUCCCGGCUAUGCAAUGCUCUCUGGUUUGAGCACAAAAGGUUACAAUGCAUGUCCUAUAUGCUUAGAUUCCACGCCUUCUGAUAGAUUUGGGAGCAAGAUUUGCUAUUGUAGCUAUAGAAAAUGGUUACCUGCAGAUCACCCAUAUCGAUGUCAAGGUGACAAGUUUUGUGAGAAGUUUGGAACUAAUGAGUGGGGUAAAGCCCCAUCUCGUCCUAGCGGCACUGAUAUAUUGAGGCAGCAAGAAAAGGUGAAGCAUGUUUACGGAAAGUCGAAGGCACCACCGAAAAAGAGGCAAAGAGGACACGAUGAUGACGAUGAUGUCCAAGAUGAAAGUGACUUUGGUACCAAGAGAAGCAUAUUCUUUGAUUUGGUGUAUUGGGAGCAUAAUCUUCUAAGGCAUAAUUUAGAUGUGAUGCACAUUGAGAAAAACGUGUCUGAGAAUAUUUUGGGAACUCUUCUUAGCAUGGAUAAGAGUAGAGAUAGUAGGAAUGAUCGAGAAGCCCUUGAAGCAUGGAGAAUAAAGUCUCACCUUUGGCUGAGUACUAAUCCUAACGGAGGUGAAUGCAUGCCUCCGGCUUCCUAUUCUAUGUCUACGGAGGAGAAGGAGAGGUUCCUAAAUGUUUUGCAGAAAAUUAAAGUUCCUGAUGGAUAUGGAUCCAACCUUUCUAGUUGUGUGAAUAUGAAGCAAAGGAAGUUGAUUAACCUCAAAAGUCAUGACAACCAUGUUCUAAUGCAGGAUAUCCUUCCCGUUGCCUUAAGGGCCUCUAAAGCUACAAAAGUAAUUGACUUGUUGGCUAGAUUGUCUUCCUUUUUCAAGAAGUUGUGCUCUACAACUAUUGAUCCAGAUGAUUUAGAUGGUCUUCAAAAUGAAAUUAUUUUAACUCUUUGUGAGUUGGAAAAGGAGUUUCUGCCUUCAUUUUUCACAAUCAUGGUCCAUUUGUUGAUUCACUUAGUGGAGGAGGUUAAACUUGGUGGACCAGUGCAAUACAGAUGGAUGUAUCCCAUUGAAAGGUUAAUAUCUUACACGUCUAAAUUAUAUUCUUUUUAUUUAAUAUUUCACAUUUAUCAUAUAUUAAGUACAAAUGUUUUAUUUGAAAGGUACUUGUCCCAUUUGAAAUCACAUGUAACCAAUAAAGCCCAACCUGAAGGAUCUAUUGCAGAAGGCUUCCUUUUAGAGGAGACAAUUAGGUUUUGUUCGAGAUAUCUUCAAGGUGUUAAGACCAUUUUCAACAUACCUAAAAGGAUGGAUGAUGACAUUCCAAAUCCCAAUGAUUACUUGUUUAAUUCUGGUGGUCGAGUUAUUGGGAAGGAGGUCAGCAUUCGCCUUGAUGACAAAAGCUUAAAACAAGCUCAUCGCUACAUUUUGCUUCACUCUGAUGAGAUAAAAGGGGAUCUGGAUGAAUUUUUAACCGAGAAACGUCAAAUGAACUUACAAAAUCCUGUCACGGAGAGUGAUGAAAGUAACUGGAUCAUCAAUGAGUUUGGAGGGUGGCUGCAAAAUAAGGUACAUUACAUAGAUGCAACCACCGAAGAUGGGAAACUAAGAAAAGCUUUGGCGGGUGGUUUGCAUUCUUAUGGUAGAAAAUUAAAAGGAUACAUAAUCAAUGGAUACAAAUUCCUUUCCACGGAUCGCGAUUCUCGUCUUUUGACACAAAAUUCUGGAAUUAUGGUCGAAGCGGAUGGAGAUGCCUACUAUGGAAAAGUGAAACAUAUCUAUGAAUUAGAUUAUUACGGAGAUUACAAAGUUGUAUUGUUUCGUUGUGAUUGGGUAGACAUUCAUAGGGGUGUAAAAGCAUAUCCAAAUGGCGGAGUAUGUGUCAAUUUCUCUAAAUUGAUGCAUUCUGGACGAUUGUUGCAAGAUGAUCCAUUUGUAUUCUCAUCUCAAGCAAAACAAGUUUUUUACAUAGAAGAUGAGAUACAAAAGGGAUGGUUGCAUGUUGUUAAGAACAAGCCUAGAGAUGUGUUUGAUUUAGGGGAUUCUUUACCAGUAGAGGAAGAGGGUGGGACCAAUUGAUCAUGCUUAUUUUUUAUUGUUUUGCUUUGGAUUUGUAUUUGUUCAUGACAUUGUGAGUCAUAUUGUUUAAUCUGGUUGAAUAAUGAGUUAUAUACUUAAUCUAUACUCACUUAUUUUAUUGUCUACUAAUGUCCAAGUACCCUACUACUAGUUUCUUUGAUGGUGAUACAGAUAUUUUUAUACCGUUAUUCCGUGAAAAGGGGGCAAUUUAUCUUUAUUUUUUGUGAUUUCCCCCUUUUGUAUUUGAUUUGGUUCAUUGUUGUUGCAGUGUUGUUGUUGCUUUUCUUCCCUUUUUUGUUGCGCCUGUGGUACACAAGAAAAUGUGUGUCAGGGGUGGG